AUGUUUUGUGGCUGCUACUAUCAGUAUAGACUAAUGGAACUCAAAGCAGCUAGCACGUCCUGUUUGAAGUCAUCGCACAAACACCGAUCCCGGACCCCGGCAACAGAUACCAGACAAAAGUUACCGAAUUCGGUGCUCGAGUGUACUGGUCCAGUCUUGCCUUUGACCACCACGGACAUGUUCAGCUGCUAUGCAGAAACAGCUGGAAUACUUCGGGAGCUGACGUCGUUUGACUGA